GAAUGUUAAUAAAUGCCAGAUCUUCUUUCCGACCGUUAAAUCGUUUAUUUUCAUCUCCCUUUCUAAGCGCUCGGACUUCUGCAAUUUUGCACACAGAUUUUGAGUCGAUCAAGAAGGCGAAGAUUGAUGGCAGCAAUCGUCGAUGAUCGAACCCUAGAAAAAUUAUGUUCAAGUUUCGAUAAUGCUAUCAAUUUAUCUCAACACCACGCAGAAAUUGUCGCCGUCGCUCACGAUUUGAACGCUCCUAUGCAAGAAUCUGAAUCUGGGGAAACUGAAGGAAUUUCUUGUUCAGUGGAUAAGUAUUGUGCGUCUAAUUCUUCUGAAGAAACGUAUGAGAUCCAGACUACAUCAAAAUUUCUGAAAAUAGAAAAUCUCAACAACUCAGUGCAGGUUCUUAAGAAGGAACGUGAUCGUCUUCGCAAUGAAGUGAAGAGCAUCUUUAAUUCAUUUCCUGAUGUUGAAGCUUUCACUGCUCUGCAACAUAUGAGCGAAGAACAUGAACUUCUGAGAAAUAAAUGCCAAGAAGAGUGCGGGGUACUGAAGAAGAAGUAUCUUGAAGAAUGCUAUGAAAGAAAGAAACUCUACAAUGAAGUGAUAGAACUCAAAGGAAAUAUCAGGGUCUUUUGCAGGAACAGGCCGCUGAAGGAAGAUGAGAUUGCGAAUGGGUCGACUUCGGUUCUUGAUCAUGAUUCAUGUCAGGAGAAUGAGUUACAAAUCAUUUGUUCGGAUUCUUCCCGGAAGCAAUUCAAAUUUGAUCAUGUAUUCAGACCUGAGGACGAUCAAGAGGCUGUCUUUCUUCAAACUCUGCCAGUAGUUACCUCUGUCUUGGAUGGAUACAAUGUGUGCAUAUUUGCUUAUGGGCAAACUGGCACCGGGAAGACAUACACCAUGGAAGGAACACAUGAAAAUCGGGGAGUAAACUAUAGGACUCUUGAGGAGCUCUUCAGAUUAAUUGAGAAGAGAAGCAGUAUUAUAAAAUAUGAAUUGUGUGUUAGCAUGCUUGAGGUUUACAAUGAAAAGAUAAGGGAUCUUCUCAUUGACGACUCGAACCAACCUGACAAAAGGUUGGAGAUAAAACAAUCAGCUGAGGGCACUCAAGAAGUCCCCGGACUUGUCGAAGCGCGUGUUUACAAUACAGAAGAGGUUUGGCGCCUGCUCAGAGCAGGAAGUCAGGCAAGAUCCGUCGGAUCCACUAAUGCUAACGAGCUUAGCAGCCGGUCUCACUGCUUGUUGCGGGUCACCAUUGUAGGCGAAAAUUUAGUAAACGGGGUAAGAACAAGAAGCCAUUUGUGGCUAGUUGAUCUAGCAGGAAGCGAGCGGGUUAGUAAGACUGAAGUUGAAGGAGAAAGAUUAAAAGAAUCUCAGUUUAUAAACAAAUCCUUAUCGGCGUUGGGCGAUGUCAUCUCUGCACUUGCAUCGAAAACAUCCCAUGUUCCUUACAGGAACUCAAAACUCACACAUUUGCUCCAAAGUUCUCUAGGAGGGGACUGUAAAACAUUGAUGUUUGUUCAAAUUAGUCCAAAUGCAGCUGACUUAGCAGAAACUCUUUGCUCGUUGAAUUUCGCCAGCCGUGUUCGAGGAGUCGAGCAUGGACCUGCACGAAGACAGACGGAUCAUGGAGAGCUUCUAAAAUACAAACAGCUUGUUGAGAAAGCGAAACAUGAUGAGAAGGAAACAAAAAAGUUGCAGGACAAUGUGCAAUCCUUACAGCUAAGGCUGACUGCCAGAGAAAGUGUUUGCAGAAAUCUGCAAGAAAAGGUUCGCGAGCUCGAAAACCAGUUAGCCGAGGAGAGGAAGAUAAGAUUGAAACAGGAAAACCGAGCAUUGGCUACAUCGACUUCAAUGGACAAAAAACCUCCCUUAGCUCCAUCAAAAUUAAGGCCUCCUCUCCGAAAAAUUACAAACAACAUCCCUGUUCCAUCCCCGGCUCCCACACUAAAGAACACCAUGUCUAUUCUCCCUGCUGUGAACGAAGAACGCAAAGAGGAUGGAUUAUUCCCUUUAUCUCUAAACGAAAGGAAGGAGAAAUCGAGCUUACAAGCAAGGCGAGGCUCGAUAGCCAUGAGACCACCACCACCUCCUCCAGCAACAACAACAGGUCAUCAAACUUUUCUUCGUCCGAGAAGAAGAGCUUCUGUGGCAACUCUACAAGCAAGGCGAGGUUCGAUAGCCGUGAGGCCACUUCCUCCCCCUCCAGCAACAACAACAGGUGAUCAAACUUUUCGUCCGAGAAGAAGAGCUUCUGUGGCAACUCUCCAGCCUGAAUUGAACUCAACAAUGAAACAAGCUCCAUCAGAAGGCUCAUCAUCAUCGAUCCAGCCGAGAAUCAGACGAUUCGUGGGCAGGCAAUCGUAUGUGUGGGAUCCGCAAAAGUUGUGGCGAACAUCAAGAGUGCCUUCACCACUUCAGCAGCAGCAGCAGCAACCAUUGAAUGAAUUGACAUCGGUUGGAUUGCCUAGUGCGGCGAGUAGUAGUAAGUUCAGAGGAAGCCCGCCUUCGCAAUGGAAGCCGACGCAUCCGACGGUGGUGGCGCUGCAGAGGAAGAAACAGUUGGUUUGGAGUCCAUUGAAAUUGAAAGCCAUGAAGAGCAAGAGGAAUUCAUUGAUGUACUAGUCAUAAUAUUACACAGGUAUGUUUUUUUUUUUUUUUGCCUCAAUACUUAAUCAUCAUGCUGAUGGUUUCUUUCAUUAUUCAUCUUUUAGGAAUUAAUGAUGCUUUUCGAAAAACCAAUUGCCUUAUCUUUCUUGUGAGUAUUUUGGUUCUUUUGUUACUGCAAAUUUGAUGGAAAUUUCAUAUGUUUUGCAUGGGGGAUUUCAUAAAUACAACACGGGCGUGUUUAUUGGAAAUAUGGCCGUGUUUUAGUCUGACUCGGUUCUUUUACACAUAGGAUAAGUGGUCGGACACGUCAGCAGUUGGUCUGUCAAAGAGUGGGAGUGGGGUCGAAACUGAUAUGUAGUAUAUA